AUGGUUGAAGAGUCCAGAAUUGAAGAGCUAGACAAAAUAGAUGAUCAAGAUUUUAGUGAAGAGAUUCCUAAAAGUGAAGGGAGCAUUGUUCGAUUCUUACUUAGCCAACUUAGACCAGGAAUGUCAUUGGCAAAAGUAACCUUGCCUACGUUUAUUCUUGAGACUCGCUCUACAAUACAAAGACUAACAGACUGGAUGUCUCAUGCAGACAUUUUGCGGAAGGUGGCUUUAGAAGAUGAUCCAGUAAUGCGAUGUUUUCAUCUAUGCACAUGGAUCGUAUCCGGAUUUCAUAUGGCUCCUCGCUUACCAAAGAAACCAUACAAUUCCCUUCUCGGUGAAGUAUUUCGUGCUUCUUUAUUAAAUCCUGAUGGAACUUGUGGGGGAACAUAUGAAGCUGAACAAGUUUCGCAUCACCCACCAAUCUCAGCAUUCUAUUUCAGUGACAGGAAAGGAAAUUCAGUUAUUUGGGGCCACUCAGAAAUGAGAUCUAAAUUUACCGGAAAUUCUUUAGCGGCAAUCAUGGAUAACGAAAAUACGAAAGUGAACUUCGAGUGCUUGUCUCGCCAUGAAACAUAUGAAUUUAACUUUCCGGACAUGUAUGGCCGUGGAGUUUUGAUCGGAACUCUUCGAAUGGAAAUUUGCGGUCAUGUACGUAUUAAGUGCCCUCAGACAGGAAUCACUGCACUAAUUAAAUUCAAAGAAAAACCAACUUUCCGUGGCAAAUAUAACGAAAUUAAAGGUUAUGUUUACGAACCAGGAAGGAAAUCGCCAAAGACAGUCAUAGAAUUCACUGGCAGAUGGUCCGCCUACGUAAAAGCUACAGAUUUACGAACGAAUAAGACGUGGCUUGCUUUUGACGUGAGAAAGAACAUUCCAUUACGCAUCAAGUAUCCCAAUUACACAGAACAAUGCCCAUACGAAUCCCAAUUUCUCUGGCAGAACGUCACUCGCUACUUAUUAAUGAAAGAUACGAAAAAUGCUACAGAACACAAACUUGCUCUCGAAGAUAAGCAGCGUGCCGAACGUAAAUAUUACGAAGAUAAUAAUAUUGAGUGGAAAUACCAGAGAUUUCAUUAUGACAAAGAAAAAGACAGAUUUAUUCCGAACAACUUGAAUCUUACUCCUUAUUCACCUGAUGAACCACAACAGGAAAUGUCUCCACCGUUCCACAUUCCAGAAUGUAUUCAACAGGCACAAGAUGCAGGUGCAUCAAAGCCUUUGCAAGAAAUAUUCAAGGAAACUCAGGAAAAAAUUGAUGCUGAAAGGCACAGACAUUAA